UUGGAGAGAGCAAUAAAUGCGAAGGGGUUCUUUUCCCCACGUGCGUUCCUGUGUGGUUCCCCCCCCCCCCCCCCCCCCCCCUUCCGAGUACGUUGUCAUGCGGGUGCCGGACAUCAUCCAAGGUGUCACCAUUAUGCUUCGCUUUUUCCUCCCGAAGCGGUCUGCGGCACACACACGACCGGUUCGCACUUAACUGUUCCUCCAUGUAGUGCGCGCGUCGGAGGCGAGUGCAGCAAUAGGUGGGUAGCUAGGUAGGUAGGUAGGUAGGUAGGUAAUCGACUUUACUUCUCUGACAGGUCAUCAUCCAUCUUCCUUGUGUCAUCUCAUCUGCUGGCGAUUAUUGCUGAAUAUUACUCCUUCAGUUUGUUGAUGCCGUAUAAGCAACUGAAGAUGCAAUAUAUUUCAGGCAGCGUAGAUAUGCAAUUGGUAUUUUCUGUGAUUCUGUUUAUCUUGACUUUUUUUUUCUCGGCGAUCAGUCGUAUUUUUUUUCUUCUGACUUUGUCGUUUUCUGGGAAACGAACCGCAUUCUAUCUCCGUCGCGCCCUACGGCACAUGGUCGUCUCUUCGUCUUCGCGUUCUUGAAGUUGUUCUUCCGUUCGUACGACCCCAGCCUUCGCCGCAAGGGGUAUGGUUCUGUUUGUCAGACGUUGUGUGAGAGACAUGAAGCUCACGUGGUCGGACAUAAGGGGGCGAGCGAAGUGUCUGCUUACCGGCAUGGAUGGCUGUGAGGUUUGAUAGGGAUCUGACAGUGUUUCGCACGUUGAGUUUACUAUCGCGUAGUAGCCGUUUGGGUGCCUGCCCGUCUGCCGUUAGCGCUAUAAGAGGGGUUGUUGAUGACGGACGCGCUGAUUUAUUCACUGUAACUCAUCGGUUCUGACGCGGGCGGUUUGAUGCGGUUUUUAGCUUGUUCUUCGUCCGUACGACGAGGAGGCGCGAGGACGGUUAGGGUAUAACAAAACUCACUUCUAGAUGGUAGUUUGGGUGCGCGUGGGAUGGGAUCCCUCUUGCGGGUCUGGGGAUGGUCUUACGUUGGUGUGAAACUGCGCGGGGGCCAUCAAUCCGUCUUCGACUGCGACGUCGACUGUGGUGUGAUUAAUUACCGUAUGAUUACUUGGUUCAUUGAGUGAGAGGUGAUCGAUUGAUUGACUGAUUGAUUGACUGAUUGAUUGGUUGGUUGAUUGAUUGAUUGAUUGAUUGAUUGAUUGAACGAGAUUGGGUUUGGUGCUGGUAUCGUGCCGUAGAGGGGUGUAUCUCGGUGUGCCGGUGGUGGCAACAAGCUGACCUUCUCUUGUUCGAGAAGAAGCCGAAGAAGCAGCGAGGAGGAGUAAGGAGCUUCAUCUCGCUUGUUGUUGUGAUUGCUACCGUCCCGACCUUAUGUUCGCGGAUGGCUUACUCUAAAUGGAAAGUCGGGCGAGCGCCGGGCGAUCAGUAUAUAUAGAGAAACUGGGAGAGCGAUGUGUGACGAGAUCAGACGAGCAGUCGGGAGAGAGGAAGCGAUAGUGGGGGAUGGAUGAAGGCGAGGGAGAGAAAGUGGGGGGAUUAAAGGAGAGAAAGUGGGGGGAUUAAAGGGGAGUGGUUGGAAGGAGGGAAGCAGGAAAGACGACCAGACGGAUGUUUGUGUUGUCGGCCGCAUGGCACUUAGUGACUUCUCGUCUGGCUUUCGCACUUGCUAGCGCGAAUCGCCCGUAAUAGUGGGGACCAUAGACCGUACAGCUAGAUUGGAAUACAGAUAGACGUACCGAGAGAGGGUAUGUAGAUGUCGUACAUACACAGAGGCUAUUGCUCGAUCCAUGCCGUGGGGAUUGCGGGGAGGCAAGUUGCAAAUAUGGCAUGGACGCGAUUAUUGAACGCUGAGGUGGGGGUGCGACCAGAUACAGCUGAUGUUGAUUAUACGUAUGUGCGAUGGAGAGCAACUGUACAAACCGUCGAUCGAGGAUCUACUGAUGUUUUCCGGUUGAGUGAAAGUGCAGGUAUGCUAGUAAUAAAGGGAAGGUGUCGUCAAGGCGCAGAGGGGUUGCGGCGUAUGAUGCGCGUUGUGGUAUUGGGAGGGGAGAGUGGGUGGUAAUGGAGUGCUGGAGAAGCUGAGGUUGGUGGGGGGGAUGGGGGGAGGGGAGAAGGAUGUGCAAGGAGAAGUAAGGGGGUCGUAGGUCAAGACAGUGACGAUAAGCAAGGAUGUGGAAGGACAAGGGGGGGGUCAUAGGUCGAGACAGUGACGGUAAGGACGGCGAAGCAGAGGAGGGUGGAGGAGGAUCAUUGGAAUCCAUGCUAUUGACAGUAGAAGCCAUGCCUCUGACGAUAGAAGCGGUUUGACCGAAUUAUUAUGUGCUGAAGACUGAGUUCAACACUGCUAUAUACCGUGUGGACAAAAUUGUCAGGGUGGGAGUCUUUUUAUCGGCAGAGGGAUUUGCCCCGUAGAGAGGCUGUGGUUAUAAGAGUGGGGAAAGAGGAAGAAGAGAGAGGGCAGCAAGAUUGAGCGAGCGAGAGACUGUGUUAUUGUUUGCUUUUUGCUAUUUUUCUUAUUGUAGGAAAGCCUCUUAUGGGUUGCGGGGAAGGCGACCGAAGGACGUGAAAACAAUUGACGACAACAGGUUUUUGUCUGCGAAUGAGCGCUCAGUGGAUGUGUGGUAGGCUUGAAGGCGAGAGGAUGUUCAUGAUGAUGAUGAUGAUGAUGAUGACGCCGAUGAUGAUUUUCGAUAGGUUAUGAGUCUCUGCCCUUUCCCGACAGGCUGCCUUCUCGUUUGACGCUUUUACGCAGUUGAGCAUCCAAUCAAAUACGGUAGCUGAUGUGAUUGAGGGUGAUGGAUAGAUAAGAAAUCCGCAAAGACGGGGCUUGGUGUGGUUUAGGUUAUUAUCAUUCUUUUCGCUCGCCCUUGAUUCAGAAAUGCCCUCUAGUAAUUUGUAAAUUAGACACUAGUAUUGUAUGUCGAUUUAUAUGCAUCUACUCUCCCAAUUCGGGUGGAGAGCGGCGGAGUUCGUUCUUUCUCUCGGUUUCCCCUGUGAACGGCCCUUGUUUUCUCUCUGUCUUUCUUGUCUCCCCAUGUGAUCUCGGCUUGUUUUUUUUUUUUGUUUUUUUGUGCGUCUUUCCCCUCUAUUGCACUGACACCCAUAAUGUGUUUGCCCUCUCCCAGUUCCCCUUUUCAUCGUCAUUCGUGCUCCUUCGCCUUCAAUUUCAUCUCCUCUUCCUCUUCCUCUUCCUCUUCCUCUUCCUCCUCAAGAUUGCCUCCCUGUUGCUGCUCCUCUCUGUGCUCCGCUGUGUCCUCUCCCCCUGGUUCCCUCUUCGUCUGUUCGCUUUCCGUUUUCCAUCUUGUUUUCUGUGUCUUUUCCCCACGCCCUCGUCGCUCGACAGGUCUCUUUUCCGUUUCUUUCUGUUGCUUUCCUUUUUCCAUCUUGUUUUCUGUGUCUUUUCCCCACACCCUCGUCGCUCGACAGGUCUCUUUUCCGUUUCUUUCCGUUUUUGUCUUGUUUUCUGUGGAAGUAUGUGGCAGCCCAUUUUUCUUGCCGCCUCCUGUGGUUGAACCCAUGGCCCCCCUAUGAGGGUUCGAUUGCUUUGGUUUUCGUCUCCUUCCUUAUGUCAUCCCUGUCUCGUUGGCGUGGUUUCUCGUUUUUGUUCUUUGUGAGAGGCAUUUCUUCACGACAUUUUCCAUUUCAAUAAUUGCUUCCGCGAGUGGUUAUACUCACAUACGGCUGGGCCUGGCUACCGGGCAAACAUCUGUACGCUUGCCUCUGCCUGUCCUAAGUCGCCUUCCUCCCGCCCUUGUUCAUAUCAAAUAUCCUAUUCUUCGGACGGAAGCCAACCAACAACGCGAGUAUUUGGCGGAUUUGUCCUCGAACGUGUCAUUGAGGAUACGCACGCCUCUCAUUUGGCAGAUGGCAGGCAGGCAAAAUACCUAUCUUCUGAUUGUAGAUGGCCAUGAGCUGCAGCCGGCCCGAAUGACAGAAGGGCAGAAGGAUCGGCGUGUGGCUCUAAAGGACCAAGGGGGAGGCGGUCGAAGAGGUUUAUUUCCCCCCCUGCGAACUGGCUGAUGGGUUGUGGUUAUAAGCCUGCAAGCAUCAGACGAG